UAAAAGUAGUUAGCGAGCUAGCGUGUAGCGAGUGAUAGCUUACUUCUGCCUUUCACUGACAUACACUCCGAAAGCGAAAAAGUUUGCUGCCGCAAGGAAACAGUGAGAAGUGUCAGUCGAAGAGCAUUUAUUUUUUAUUUUUUUCGCCGUCCUGUUCCGAGCCUUGGGUCCAGUGCCAACAGAAAUAGCGCUCUCGAGAAGCGGCGGCGGCUGAAGUGCAGCUGGAUGUGACAGGUUCGUCACCAGAUCACUGACAGGAAGUGCCUUGUGAGACAACAUCCCUACUUGAAGAUCCCAGGGCGUUUCUGAAGAGCUUCAGAUCUUUCCCUCUGCAGUCGCGACAGGACGUAGCUCAGCGGCAAACACCCCUGACCGGCUGGUUUGUCCUUACCUGUGCUCAGUGUGAAUUCACCUCAAGUGAAGAGGUGAAGCUACUGCACUGCUGACCAAGGUGCCAAAGCUCAGAGAGAGUAGGUACUGAGGACCUUUAAACAACCGAAAGCCACAAACUUUGUGUCCUAAACUGUGCCAUUGCACCUCAAAAUAGCAUCACUUUUGCUCCCCGCCAUCCACCCUUGCACAGAUAAUCAUCACUCAUACAAAGGACAUUUCGGGGACAUUGGUACAACCAGUAAGGCUUGGCUCCGAGCAUGCCCCCUCUGCCUUGUCAGAGGUCUGCACCUGAGACUUACUGAUUGAUGAACAAUUAGCUGUUUGACUGACAAACUCCACGACAGCAGCGCAGUCCCAUGCUCUGGUCACAGAGACUUUGCCAGUCCUUUACCUCUACUUUCAGAUCAUUUAUAGCUGCAUGUUCCCUCAGUUUUAGUUGUUGUGCGUUUUUCUUUUUUACUGGAAGACUCUGAAACAACUCCUCAGAGGAUAGCCUCCUCCUUAAACCAAGUGGCUCCACUCCACCCCAGCUCCACAGCCAGCGCUGCUGACAUGGCUCUAAACAUUGCCUCGAUACGGGACACAAAAUGGCUGACCCUGGAAGUGUGCCGGCAGUUUCAGAGAGGGACUUGUUCGCGCAGUGACGAGGAAUGCAAAUUUGCCCACCCACCCAAAAGCUGCCAGGUGGAGAAUGGGAGGGUGAUCGCCUGUUUUGACUCGUUAAAGGGCCGUUGCACGCGAGAGAACUGCAAAUACCUCCACCCGCCCGCUCACCUGAAGACCCAGCUGGAGAUCAACGGGCGAAAUAACCUGAUCCAGCAGAAGACAGCGGCCGCCAUGUUGGCUCAACAGAUGCAGUUCAUGAUCCCCGGCACCACCAUGCAACCUGUGCAGACGUUUCCAGUCAGCCAGGGCCUGGGCUCCAGCGCAGGUUUGAGCUACACGCCUUACCUGACUCCCAUGUCCCACAGCAUGGGCCUGGUGCCCACAGACAUCUUGCCCAGCACCCCUUGCAUCGUCCCCGGCAGCCCGCCCGUCUCCGUGACCGCCGGCUCUUCCUCCAACCAGAAACUGCUGCGUACCGACAAGCUUGAGGUCUGCCGCGAGUUCCAGCGGGGCAACUGCGCCCGCGGGGAGACCGACUGCCGCUUCGCCCACCCGAGCGACAGCCCAAUGAUCGACACCAGCGACAACACGGUCACCGUCUGCAUGGACUACAUCAAGAGCCGCUGCUCCCGCGAGAAGUGCAAGUACUUCCACCCCCCGGCCCACCUGCAGGCCAAGAUCAAGGCCGCCCAACACCAGGCCAACCAGACAGCUGUGGCCGCGCAAGCCGCCGCCACAGCUGCAGCCAUGACUCAGUCGACUGCCAAAGCAAUGAAGCGACCCCUCGAGGCAACUGUAGACCUGGCGUUCCCCCACGGCGUCCUCCAGCCCCUACCAAAGAGACAAGCACUUGAGAAGAGCAACGGAGCGAGCUCCCUGUUCAACCCCAGUGUUUUGCACUACCAGCAGGCGCUGGCCAACGCACAGCUCCAGCAGCCCACUUUCUUUCCCACAGGGUCAGUCUUGUGCAUGACUCCUGCUAGCAGUCUUGCAACAACUCCUGCCACAAGUGUCCCCUACGCAGCAACAGCACCAGCCAAUCAGAUCAUCCUGAAGUAAGCGUCAGGAAGGGAAUUGAGUGUCACGAAGCUGCACUAGGAAACCCAAAACAGCCCCUGUGUAAAUACUACCUUACCUCUCCCAUAGAGGUCCAGCAACCUGCAUGCUAAGAGUGUAACACUUCAAUUUAACCAUAAGAACUGCAGUGCCGGUGUAACACACACACAAAAAAAAGAUAUAUCCUGUAUGUAUUGCUAGAAAAAAAACUAUUAACAUGAAAAAGUCAAAAAUAUUCUUAUGUAUAGUACUACAUACAUAGCAGACACACUAUAGAGGUCAUUUUAACACCUGUUCUCCCAAAGUACCGUGGAUCCCCUCUCUUUCAUAUUUAUUCUAAAAACCGCUGCACAACGUUCAUCCCUUUGGUUCGGAAAAAAAAGAGACGCUUGAUCUGCACUACGUGAAAACUACAGUGCUUAACGUUGAAGUGGAAAACAGGAAGAGUCACAGAAAAAACCCGUGCACAACCACACCAACGCACUCGUCGCUUUCAAGAAGGUUUUCGUCUUCGUGUUUUUUUUUUCUUUUCUAUACAAAAGUUGAAUGUCCUCGGGGCCCAUGCGAGGGUCCAGCCGUGACCCUCAUCUGCCCCAGAUGCUGUUAAGAUGCCAUGAUGAAGCUUAUCCUCCCUCCCCCGCCAACUUUUCAUCCCCGGAAACAUCUUGCCAAAGUCGCAGCUUGGAGGAAGUCGGCGGAAUCCAGAAAGCAGAGCCACCUUUUUUUUUUUAACACCCCGAUAAAUUCUUUUCGUUUUUCUCUCUUGCCAUUGCGAAAGCUCCUCAGAACGCACCCUUUAUUUGUUUCGGUGCUGGGUUCAGUUCUUUGUUCGGGAGGAGCGGCAGGCGGGGGCAGGGAGAGAGAUUGUGCACGGAUUUUUGCAUGUAGUCGGGACUGGGGGAGACAGUGCCCAGUGUUGACAGAAGAUAGUCGUGGCCAUUACCGAAAAGCCUAAAGGCUCGGGUCUGUGCCAAGGGCUUUACAAAGCUUGAGGGUUCAUUCCAGACAUACCAAGCCUUGUGUGUGUGUGUGCAUGUGUGUUCGUACCUGGAGACUGAUGGUCUGCCGGCAGACUGGGACUUGAAGCGAGGUCUAGCAGGUGAUGACAACACCAGGCCUGGUAGGAGAGGUUUUUCAGGCGGUGGGUGAGGGACUUAAGUGCUAAGACUAAACAAAAAACAAAACAAAAAAAACAACAACAAAAAAACAACAAAAAACAGUGCAUUUGACGAUGCCCGUCAAGCAAAAGAUGACUUGAACUUCGACUGGAGGGCUAUCUGUGACCGUCGGUUGUCCUGUCCAACCCUACUAUCACCGAUAAUCCUGUUCCAUUUUAGAAAAAACUGUAGAAGUGCCUAAAAAAUGCUCAUCAACAACACACGCAUCCAAGAGUGUAUCACUAAAAAGUCACAGACACAAAAAAACACUGGCUAUCAGAAGCUACACGGACCUUUUCGGGAAAGACAUCACAUUUUUUUGCGAACCGUUACUGGAAGCAGUUUUCUAGCGACCGUUCGUUAACAUCACAAGUGACUUUAUCGAAAAACAAAAAGAAGUUAAAGAAACGACAAAUCAAAAAUAGCUUUGUAGAAUGUGUGGUGACUUUCAUGGUGUACCAUCGUUUCUUACCAUGGUUUGAGUAGUUUACAUGAGGAACGUGAGUGAGGAAAAAAAAUGUAUUGUAAACUGUGUAAUGUAUGUAAAGUGUCUCUUAUUUUGAGAGUUUAUAUUCACGGUUCUAGAAUUGUAUUCAAAGUUAUUUAAAAUUUGUGUUGUGUCUAUUAUCAAGGUAUGUUUGAACCACCCCCCCAAAAAAACCCACCCACCCUUCACACCAUCUCCACCUCUACCCAGAACAAUCAUUUGUCCUUCAGCCAAGGUCAUAAAUUGUUAUUUUAUUAUUUUAGACACUCUUUUUUUUGUGCAUUUUAUCCAGGUUUAACCCUAGAUACUAAAUCCUAUUUUCCAUUAUUCCAAACGUUCUGAUGUAAAUUCAUGGUGCUUGAUUAACAUUGACAAUCCACAAUCAUACCUUGGAACGAGAGUGCUCCACUCUGGUUUUCACACUUUGGUUUCAUUCACUCUGAUUGUCUUCACAUGCAUUAUGAUUUGUAUGUAAUAUUUGUGGAAGGUGGUAAAAGUUCUAUUUUGUUGUAAUUUAUCUUAUGUUACUCUUGGUCAAAUUUUAGUCAAAAACAAUGUUGUUAACUAUUCUAUUUUGAAAUGAAUGUAAUUUAUUGAGCUGUGCUACAUUCUGCACGGUUGGUCAUUUCAAGGUCUAACCUGUCAGGUCAGCGAAUGAGAAGUCGCACACGUCUGAGGGGUGGGGCUUAAAAGUCAACCCACCAAUAGAAAGCUACUGGAUCUUUCUUGCCUUCUCAUUGAUUAAAAAGAUCACGGUGUUGCAGUAAUGAGCAUAGUUAUAGAGUUGCUUGUGUUGUUGGAAAAAAAAAUGUUUAUUGUAUAGAUGACAUUUUACCAAAAAAAGAGAAGAAAAUUUCAAAAAAGAUGUACUUUUCACUCUAGUAUAAUAGUAUUUCAUAACAAUAUUAAGUUGUUGCUGUGGCAACCAAAUGUUGCAAUUACUAAAGUUCGGUAUUUUUGUAAAUGACAUUGUUAAGUUGAGUUUUUGUUUCUUUUUGCUAGAACACUGUACACAAGGUAGAUUGUAAAGAAGAUAUGAACAUUUCUUAUUCUUCACUGAGAUUAUGACAAUGACCUAAUAUUUUCAUUAGCAAAUAACAGCCUCUAUAGUGCUGUGACUGUAACACUUAAAUAGAUUUAAAGUCAUCAAUGUUACAUAGAUUAUAUAUAAAUAUAUAUAUAUAAGAACUAAAUAAUCUAUAAAUUAAUAAGUUCAGAUGUACAACUCUUCCCCCGACAAAGGACCUUUAGGUUCCACACCGAGACAUUUUAUUCGAGGCGUAUGUAUCACUAGAGUUAAGGAUUGCACUUUUCAUAUUGUUCAAAGAUGUGAUCUGUUUUUCAUUUCCUUUAAGGGUUUCGAGGUUUUCUGCCCCCUGCUACUCCAGUAAAUCUGUUUAUCAAUCAAAAGCAGAUAUUACCAGUAAAUAACUUUAAUUCAACAUGUUGCAUGAGACACAAUAUUUUUCCUUUCUUACUAAACGAUAACGUACUGAAUGUUUCUAGUGAAAAGAAAAAAGUCUGUACACACAAAAUGUCCUCAUUUGGUGACCCACAAUGCCCUUGUGUAUGGAAUCCUCUUGAGAUGUAACGUCUUUUUUUGAAAAUGUGUUCGCAAUGAUUGAUGGUAAAAAAUGUAAGCACUUUCUGAGCAGUUGGUCAACUGAGCAGACUCAGCUUAUCCAAACACUUUGCCUUAUCUUGAGUCCAUCGUGCUUAAGGUUUUAUGUUUUAAGGAGCUCUUAAAGAAAUUUAUUCGAGAGACCUGAACAGGGUCUCUCUUCUCAAAUCCCUUCUCAGUUUCAUUUCAAAUAUGUAUCUUUAUAUCUAAAACCAUUUUUUAAAGUUUUAAUGUGAGCAUCACAAGGCCAAAACGGGCGACUGCGACAGAGUGAACAGUCGUUGAUCUUUACCUCUCGUCUCCAAAAUCUGUAGUGAGAUCUUUCUGUCCCAUUGCCUUACAAUGGAACUGUUCAGAGCUUGUAAUUCACAGCUUUAGCCAGCAGAGUGCACUACACUGGAGACUGCAGGUUAGGACCGGUGACUGCCUGUGCCAUCAUGGUUGCAGUGCGCCCUACCAACAAAGUAAAGAUAAAUUGACAAGACCCUCAUCGGAUUUAUAGUUUCAAUGUAAUCAUUUUUCAGUGUAUUCUUUUUGCAUAUAUUUUGUGCUAUUUUAUGUUUCUAUAGUCAAAUGUUUCUUUGGUUCCAGCAAGAUAGUGUAAAAUCUAUUGAAAGAAAGAAAUAAAGAAAAUCAAAUGAA